GAUAUAUAUCGAAAUUCUUCAAUCAAAUCUUGUAUAUCAGUAAAAAUGGGUGAUAGAGAAAAAGCUAUUGCUUGUGAAUUAGACUUUUAUGAGUUAUAUAGCAGUUGUGGUAGGAAUCAUGAGGGACUACAGUUCCACCCUAGAGCAACAUUUAUCAAUCGCUACUAUUGCAACAAAACAAGUGGAAAA